CUUUCAUGGUGUGGAAUGUAUUUCAAACCAGCAGACCUAGCGCGCUAUCGGUGUGAGUAGAGCAAGUUGUUAACAACGCAAGUUAACACACCUCUAAGACACCAGAGGGGCCGGAGCGAGGCGCGGGACGUCACCGCGCUGCCUGCCACUCAGACAUUACGACAGACGACGUACGGAGAGGACGCGUCAUUUUAAUUGCUCAUUUUCUUUGUUAUCCAACCUACUUAGUUUUUUUCAUUAAAAGUAUACUGUUCCUGUAAACUGGUGCCUCAUUCCGUCUUCAUCAUCAUCAUCGAAUCCUGUUGUAAACAUUGGUGACCCCGACGUGAUCUUCGAGAACAUUUCGCAAAGUGUAACGGAGGACUUGCGCAAACAAAGGACUUCGAGGGAAGUUUGUUCCGUAAGGGAAGUACGGUCAUUUUUGUACAAUUACCUACGCGCUGUUGUGUUUAUCGAUUCAUUAUUCAUCUUUAUUUUAGCGAACAGUGUAUCAGUUUGGUGCUAAUUAAGGUAUUUUUUUCAAUUUAUUGAGGCAACCUACCAUCCAUUAGUCUUAAGUGAUAACAUAUUUUGCAUUAAUUUCUAUAGAUUAUGUUGUAAAAACAAACAAUUCAGCAAUAAGUAGUGUUUAAUAAUCUACUUUCCUAUUGCAUUUUUUGCUAUUGUUUACUUAUAAUUUCAUUUGGGUUUUGCUUAUUCACUUAUAUCGUCAGGACGUUAUAAUCACAUCCUACUUAGCUAAUGAAUUUCCAACAAUAAGUAGACCGUACAUGCCUACCUGCCUACCUUGCUAGCUGAAACAUAGCACCAUACAUGACGAUAUAAGACGUUGUACAUACCUAUCUACAUUACGGUUUAGUUACUUAACUAUUUACCUAAGCGCGGUAUAUUCCUAUUUUGAUAUAAUUAUCUACUUACUUACUUAAAACUUUAUCAUAUACCUACUUAACUAUUCGCUAUUCUCGCUAAGCUGUUUAUUAUUUCCUCGCAUUUAAUUUAAGCUAAUCCUUUUAGUUUGCGAUUCUUCUAAUUUUUAGUUUAAUCAAAUCCGAUUAAACUACUUAUAAUAGGCACAACAAUCUCCUUAAUUAGGCAACUCACGUAAUUUCGACUUCGGUUAUUUGAAAAGAUCGGCCGAACAUUCCAGUUUCGCCGCAAAUCUUCUGCCUACGAGAUUACGUCAUCGCCGCUGCCGGCGGCCGGCCGCAGCGCUGCCAGAAACUACCUACCUUCCUCUCAUCGCGCUUACCUACUCGAGCGGCCCUCGCGCACGGACGCUUUUCAUUGCCGCUUCGCAGUACAUUGCGGGCGUCAAACAAGGUUUAUUUUUUCAAUUUUCUUUUUAUUUGAACUUUGAUUUAAGUAAGUAUUGCAUCUGUUCGUUCACUGUAUUGCGUCUUUUCCUCAACACACCUUACCAAUGUCUGCAGAAAGGUUUAGAUCACUCACUCAAAGACGUUCCACUAUGAAAGGAAGAUUAACUAUCUUUCAAAAAUAUUUUGAACCGUUAAAAUUAAUUAAACCUUCCAAGUUUACUAAGCCAGUUCUGACUGAGUUGCAAUUGAAAUUAACACGUCUUCAAGAACUAUUUAAAGAAUUUGACAGCAUCCAACUUGAGAUAGAAGAUAUUGUUGAACCUUCUGAGGUGGAAACGCAACUUACAGAUAGAGAAACUUUUGAAAAUUUAUUUUGCACUUCCAUUGCUGAAGCUCAGAGCGUCAUUGAGUCAGUCCUAAAUUUAGAAACAAAACCUGACACAUCCUCAUACACCUCAUGUGAAAAUAACUUUAGUGUCAAACUUCCUUCUAUAAAUUUGCCAAGUUUCGAUGGAAACUAUUUGAAUUGGUUAGAAUACCGCGACACUUUUGACUCGCUUGUCAAUAAAAAUACAUCAAUUCCAUCUAUCAAUAAAUUCCAUUAUUUACGUUCUUCUUUGAAGGGAGCUGCAGCAGUCGCAAUACAAUCGAUUGAAUUUUCCGGUGACAAUUAUAAAUUGGCUUGGAGCAUUCUUUGCGAGCGCUUUGAUAAUAAGCGCAUUUUGAUAAAUAAUCAUUUAAAAUCGUUAUUUAAUUUCGAACCUUUACAAAAGGAGUCGUACAAAGCAUUACGUUUCAUUAUUGAUCAUUUCUCUAAAAACAUACGUUCUCUGAAUAGUCUUGACGAGCCAACCAACUCGUGGGACACUUUGAUCAUUUACUUAAUGACGUCAAAACUUGAUAGUUCCACGAGUCGCAAAUGGGAGGAGCACCGAGGUGCCUUGAAAUCAUCACCCACGCUUGAAGAGUUCUAUCAAUUCUUACGUAGUCGAGCGGACGUUCUUGAAACUGUUCAAGGUAACAAGAGUGAUGCCGCAAAACCUGAAAAGCAACAUUUUUUCUCCAAAGAAAAUAAGCAUACAAAGACCUUUGUGGCUUCAUCAUCUAGUGAUUUUCAUUCUUCUUCAAAUAAAUCUUGUCCGAUUUGCAAACAAAGCCAUUUUGUUCAUGAAUGUAACAAGUUCAAACAACUGAGUGUAGAUGAAAAAUAUCGUCAUGUCCUUAUGUUCAAACUUUGCUCGAACUGCCUUCGUUCGGGUCAUCAUAGCUCACGAUGCCAAUUAGGUCCUUGCAAAUUCUGUAGAAAACGACAUAACACAUUAUUACAUAGACAUGAUACACACACUCACGCGUACAACAACAACACUACACACGCACCUGGUGGCAAUUCCGCUACUGCUGCUGGUGCCGACGCCGCUGCUGAUGCCAAUACCUCUACUGGUCCAGUGUCACUGUCCGCGGUGAUGCCUUCUCAUGUGUUGCUCUGUACAGCAGAAGUAGAACUUUUAGACCUAAAAACAAACAAAACUUACCAUGCAAAAGCGCUUCUCGAUAGCGGAAGUCAGUCUUCGUUCUUAACUGAAAAGGUAAAAGACACUUUAAAUCUUGAUUGUUCUAAAAAUCGUAUUUCAAUUUCUGGUAUUAACAAUACCACUACAAACAUUUCACAGAUGUGCAACAUUCGAAUCAAAUCUUUGAAAAGUUCAUUCCAUGUCGAUGUGUCGUGUCUCGUAGUUCCUCGCAUCACUAGUAAUUUGCCUAGUGUCCAUAUAAAUACUUCACACUUCAACAUUCCCACUCACGUACAACUAGCGGAUCCCAGUUUCUUCCAUCCUUCCGAAAUAAACGUUCUUUUGGGGGCAGAUGUCUUUUGGGAAAUUGUGGAUACCGGUCGAAUCAAAUUGGGGCGAAACAAACCCACACUACAAGAGUCUAAGUUGGGCUGGCUAAUCGCGGGCCCAACCGGCGGUAUGCCUAAUACUCAUACUAAUUCAGUGCAUUGCAAUUUUUCACAAGAGGUGAAAGAGUCCCUUGCCAAGUUCUGGGAAAUUGAGGAUAUGCAUUAUUGCUCACGUCUUCUUAGCAAAGACGAGGAAUUCUGUGAGAUACAUUUCUUAGAAAAUACCAACCGUUUGCCAAAUGGUAGAUUUUCCGUGAGAAUCCCAUUACGCGAGUCUCCAGACAAAGCAUUAGGUGACUCUUAUCGUAUUGCUCAAAAAUGUUUCUUUAAUUUAGAAAGAAAAUUGUCUAAGAAUCCAAAGUUAAAGCAAGACUAUGCUGCCUUCAUUAAUGAGUAUAAAGCCUUGGGACAUUUAACUGAAAUUCAACGUCCAGUCUUUGGUUAUUAUUUGCCCCAUCACGCUGUUAUUCGCGAACAAAGCGAAAGCACAAAGCUAAGAGUCGUUUUUAACGCAUCAUGCAAGACAACAUCUGGCAAAUCCUUGAAUUGUAUACAACUGGUCGGGCCUGUAGUACAGGAUGAUCUAUUUUCCAUUUUAGUGAGAUUCAGGCAAAACACGUACGUUGUAACAGCAGACGUGGAGAAAAUGUAUAGACAGAUUGAAGUGAACGAAUCUCAGCGUCACUUGCAACUAAUUCUCUGGAGGGACGAGGAAACGCAACCGCUAAAAACACUACAACUGAACACAGUCACUUAUGGCACUGCGUCGGCUCCAUUCUUGAGCACGAGAUGCUUAACGCAGUUAGCAGAAGAAUGUUCAGAUGAGGCAGUGGCAGAAGUGAUCAAACAUGAUUUCUAUGUAGACGACCUUAACACAGGUUCAAACUCUAAAUCUGAUUUAAAGCAUAUUGUAAAGGACGUCAUUCAAAAACUGAACGAAGGUUGUUUUCCCCUGCGAAAAUUUCGCACUAAUUCUCCAGACAUCCUUGACGGUAUAUCUACAAUAGAUAAUACCCAAGAUUUCAGCAAGCAAUCCACAGUUUUAGGGCUUAAAUGGUCACCUACCGAUGACAUACUGUGCUUUUCCGCCGAAUCAGUGGCCAUUUCUAAGAUUACAAAACGUAAUAUAUUAUCCACGUCCUGCAAAAUAUUUGACCCUUUGGGUCUGCUAUCUGCUUGCACUAUCAUCCCCAAAAUGCUGCUCCAAAAAUUAUGGCUGGAGAAAACAAGCUGGGACGAGCCUGUUCCUGACAGCGUGUCUAGGGCUUGGAAGGACUUCCAAGCUAACAUACAAGACAUCGCCAAUAUUAUAGUACCAAGACACGUACUUUGCUCUGAACCAGUAACCGUAGAAGCACACACUUUCACAGACGCAUCACAGGAUGCCUACGCUGCAUGUUUAUUCCUUAAGUCCAUUGAUGCUCAUGGUAAAAUCACUACCAAUCUUCUGUGUGCCAAAGCCAGGGUCGCUCCAUUAAAGCCAGAAAUGACAAUACCGCGCUUAGAAUUACUAGGCGCUCAACUUGGCGCUCGAUUGCAUGACAAGGUCAUAAAAGCAUUGCGUAUCCGAGUUCAUCGAUCAAUUUUCUGGUCGGACUCGACGAUCGUGUUAGGCUGGAUCAAGACGCAGCCAAAAACUUUAAAGACUUUUGUCUGUAAUCGCAUCCAAGAAAUACGUGACCUGACUGGCCAACAUGAAUGGAGACAUGUACCUACGGAAUUUAAUCCUGCGGACCUUGGAACACGGGGUUUAAAACCUGAAUUAUUAGAAAAUAGUGAUUUGUGGUGGAACGGACCUUCAUUCUUGCGGAAACCAGAAAAGGACUGGCCACCUAACAAUCCGUGUGAAGUAACAUUACCUGAAACAAAGGGCGGUGCAUUUGGAGGUCGUAAGUGA